UGCAGCCGAGACAAGAAAUAGUUUGCAUUGAGCUGUUUAUGUUAUGGUGAGAGGGAAGAUCUACCUGCUCUUCCUAAAAAAAAUGUGGGAAGUUGCACAGGAGAGCCUGCGAUGCCAAAGCUCUAAUACCAAAGAAAACACUUUAGACUGGCUGCAGUAUAAAACUGGCUCACUGUAAAGUAGCUCAAGUUUCUUAUUGAAAUGCUACUGCUGCACACAAGAGGAAAAAAAACCAGUAAAUCCCUGCUAAGCACCAGAUGAAUGGAUGGAUAGAAGACACCGUAUUGAAUGAAGGACCUUGGAUCACGAAUGCAGAAGGACGUACUGUAUUUAAAAAGAAGAUUGUAAUUCCUGAGGAGCAAUGGUAUGAUUUCAUUACUCUUAUCAAGGUACCCGGACUUUCAUUGAAGAGAAGGUUAAGGACAAAGCCCGUGGUUGCUUGUUGUUUCUUUACUGCCCUAUCCAUGACAGUGAUAAAUAUUUUUCCAUCGUUUCAGCUUGAUGACAGUGUUUCUGGGCUUGAUUAUCAAGCUUUCGGCCAGUUACAUGGAAAGUUGACUCAGAGAAGAACACUACGGAGAAACUCUGGCUCCGUCCCCAAGCAAACAAACACCUUCUACAGCCAUGACAAGCUGUCACCAAUGGAAAGGAGGCAUCUCAGGAGGUGGCAGUCAAGUGAUAUGUUACACAACCUCUCAGAACCAGCUCAGGAGAAAGACAACAACAGAGGAAUGCCUAAAACAUCGAGUGUAUCAGAAGGUAGAGAAAAACUACCACAGAAAAGACUGAGAUUCAGAAAGAUGAUCAUGUCUGGUGUCCUGAAAAGCUGGAGGCAGAAAACCAGCAAGGCUGCUGAACUGCCUCGGGCUGAAGAGUUCUCAAGGAUUCCUCCAGUAUUCCAUCCGUCCUUGGUAGAAAAUGUAAUUUUACAAGUUUCUAAGUCUGAUGGAACCACAGUGGACUCCCAACAUCCUGGGCAGCAGUCCAAAGUAUCUUCUAUGUUGAAUUAUACAGCCAUAAUGAAGAAUACACACUUGCCACAAAUUCAAUGCAAAACAGAUAUUCAGACCACCGGUGUCAAUAAAAAUGCUUUUCCACAGUUUAAACUCCCUAUAAAUAAGAAUGGGAAGCCUAUUAAAAUGAUCAGAGAUAGUGAAUCCAAUGGAACAGGGAAAAUCUUUAGCAGCAAAAGGAUUCAGAAGCUGGAUAUGUCUUUGCCCAACAAGGGGAAAAGCAAGAGACACGGUAGUUCAUUAAUGAGAAGAAGGGCCCCAGAGCUAAAGACAUGUGACAGUGUUGAGAUUGGCCUACCAAUGUCCAAGGCAGGAAGUAGUAUUGGGCCCCAGGAGGAUUCUGAACACUGGUUUGAUUCGAGUGAUAUUGAGAAGAUGAAGCUGUUAGCUAAUGGUGCAGUGAUUGCAAAGGCACGUGUACCAGGCCACGGACAAGUGAUUAAAGUAGGCCUCAGCCUUCAUUCUCCUAUGGCAAUCGAUGACCUCAUGGAGUAUUGUCAGCAGGGACCAUGUGGUCUGAUAAAGCGGCCCAGUGAUCUCAAUGAGGUGCUGGCUUUCCACUUGGACAGAGUGCUAGGUCUAAACCGGAGUCUGCCUGUGGUAGCCAGAAGAUUUAGUGAAGAAUUGCUGCCAUAUAGUUACACAAAUGGAGCAGUUAGGCCAAUUGUUUGGUGGGAUGCAGACAUUCAGCAUAUGGACGACCCUGACAAUGACCAAAAUUCAUUUGCACUGAGCUGGUCUCAGUACCAGGCCGUGCUGAGACGGGAAUGCAACAUUGACAAGGCUCAUGGGAAUCACAGCCAGCCCUGCCCUAGUGUGAGACACUCUGAGUGGGGCAUGUUGGCUCUCUUUGACUUUCUAUUACAGGUUCACGAUCGCCUGGAUCGCCACUGUUGUGGUUUUAACCCAGAAACCUCAGAACCCUGUGUGGAAGAUCUGUUACAUGAAAAAUGUGACAACCUUAAGGAGCAGCUACUUGUCCAUAUCCUGGUUCGAAAACACAAUCCAUCUCAACUCAUCUACAUAGACAAUUCAGGAAGGCUCCUUCAGGCUCAAGAUAAUCUCAACUUCAGACUGUUGGAAGGCAUUGAUGAGUUUCCUGCACGUGUGGUCAAACUCUUACGGUCUGGAUGCUUACGGAGCAGAUUGUUGAGAUCGCUGAGUACGGACAGGGAGUUCUGGGACAGCCACAACGGGGUCAAAGGACUGAAAAAGUUGGUUCAGGUCAUAGAAAAAAGGGCUCAGCUACUGCUCAACUACAUUCAGGAGAAAGACAUCAAAUUAGUUCAUGACUAAUGAAAGACAAUGUGUCUGUAAUGAUGCAUUGCUCCAGUUUGAAAACUGGAGCUGGGAAGUUAAACUUAGGAAUUAGUUGAUUAAUUCUUAUUUUCCACACGUGAUGGGAUUCCUGCUAUGAAUAGAGUCAAAUUCGCCAUCCCAGGCUUGCUGAAAAUUUGCCUCAAUGCACAUGACUGCACUGACUGCUCACCAAGUUUUCUCCAAGGCAUGCGGCAGGAAAAGACAUUUCCCUCGCAGAGCUAAGUACUGCAGAUGCUGGAAAUCUGGUGUGAAAACAGAGAAUGUAUAAAUGUUCAGCCGUUCUGAGAGGACGUUCACUCCGCUGCUUUUGUUUAACCCCGCUCACCUUCGCCCAGCUCUCCAUUGUUUGGGCUUGGCAGCUGAGUCUUCAUCUCAAGUAGGGAUGGAGGUUUGGGUCAGGGCGAAAGGCAGUAAAAGCAAACAGGCUGAGCCAGUCAAAGAUUGUAAUUAAAAUUUGCUGUUGAUUUUGAAAUUUCUGCGAACUACAUUAAACUAAU